AUGGCUCCGAAAUCCCUGCGGAACGCGCUGGCCGCGCUUGCGGCGGCGAUCACGACGGCGUCGGCGUGGGCACCGCCCAACUACAGCAACUACCGGCUGAUCUGGGUGGACACAUUCGACGGGCCCGGGGGGUCUCAGGUGAACGGGAACAACUGGAACGUGAUCACGGGGCUCAAGGUGAACAACGAGUGGCAGGACUACACGACGUCGACGCGGAACCUGCAGAUCAGCGGGGGCUCGACGGUGCAGAUCGUGCCGUGGAACGAGAACGGGCAGUGGACGUCGGCGCGGGUGGAGUCCAAGUACACGUUCACGCCGGCGGCGGGGGCGGUGACGAUGGCGGAGGCGCAGCUGCGGUUCGGGGACAGCCCGACGGGGAACAAGCAGGGGAUCUGGCCGGCGUUCUGGCUGCUGGGGGACGCGAUCCGGCGCGGGACCGGGUGGCCGGCGUGCGGCGAGAUCGACGCGAUGGAGACGGUCAACGGCCAGCUGACGGGCUACGGCACGGUCCACUGCGACGCGUACCCCGGCGGCGCCUGCAACGAGCCCAGCGGCAUCGGCGCCGCCGUCGCCAUCCCCGACCAGAGCUGGCACACCUGGCGCGUCGUCUGGGACCGCCGCCCGUCCACCUGGUCCGCCGAGACCAUCACCUGGUUCCGCGACGGCGCCCAGUUCCACCAGAUCUCGGGCGCGCGCAUCGGCAGCCGCGACGUCUGGGAGUCGCUCGCCGCCCGCCCGCUGUUCUUCAUCCUGAACGUGGCCGUCGGGGGAGACUGGCCCGGCCCGCCAAACAGCAACACCUGGGACGGCUACGGCAGCAUGAUGGAGGUCGCGUACGUCGCCCACUUCCAAGCGGUCUAG